AUGGAUCCCAACGACAGCAAGAUCACCGACCCCUCGCGUCGCUCUUCAACCCGACGAUCGCGUUCCCUUAGACUAUCCGCUGGCAGUGCUGUUAUCGAAGAUGAAUACGAUCUCAAUGCCAUGAUGGUGGCGGAUGGAUUCCGACCUACUGAUACUACCGCCUCUUCAAACACGAACCUGACACCAAUCUCGAAUACUCAACCCGAACCUUCAUUAUCACCAACCGAGUCUUUCUCAGAACAAACAACCUCUGCAAAGUCAUCAGAGGCACCUGUCGCGCCCCGCUCAUCAGAAGAGAUCACACCCGCUAUUCGAAACCGACCUUCCAGUAUCUCAAAACCACACCGAAACCACGAUUCUCUCGCUCUCCGAAAUGAUGGCACGACCAUGGCUGAUAGAUCUCAUGUACGAAACAAUCCCAGCCUAUCGUCUGACGCUCCUGUUAUCCGUGCCGAAAGCCCUUACGUUGGCCCAUCUGGUCCCUCGCAUCCAUACAACAUGUAUCCUCAGAGAACAAUGAGCAUGGCUACUACCUCUACUGCCGCCAAUGCUGUUGUACCAGAUGAUCGGCCUUAUCAAGGAGCUCAAGGCCCAGCUCAUCCAUACGCGCUUUACACGCAAAACACCACUUCCGGCGAGAGUAGCAGCCAAUCAAUCCCAGUAGGUUUCAACGGUUUGGGAUCGACAUACCAGCGGCAAUUAGGACCGGAUGGAGAAGAGGCAGGAGAUUUAGUAGGCCCUUUGGGUCACACAGAAGAACUACCGCCUUAUACAAGAUAUCCAGACAACGCCUAUGUCCCCAGGCCUACUGCGCAAGCACCCGUUUCCCCAGUAUCACCCGUGUCGGAACCAUCCUCCCCAGUGAGAGAAGUACCAGUUGCUCAAAUACCCGGUGCUGGUGGAAUUGGAAUCGCAACUCGCGACCCCGAGUUCUCUUCAACUGAUGACGACCUGGCUCUGCCAAGGACCCGACCUUCUGUAAGAAGCGCCAACUCUUCGGACAACAGUUCACACGACAUCAACGGUGCUGCUGCUGGAAUUUCCGAGAAACCUCCCGUCAGCAAAUGGCAGCGACGGGCUAAGAAGAAGCUAUGCGGGAUCGUGCCUUACUGGGCCAUCUGCCUCUUGCUUGUCGGUCUCGUUCUGAUGGGCAUCAUCAUGGGUGCUGUGAUUGGGACGAUGCUAACUAAAGGUCACCCACCUCCACCCCCUGAUGUUGACGAUGACAAAUUCUUAUCGCCUGCUACUCCAACAACAUACGACCCUGAAAUCUUGACAAUCAUACCAGCUGAUUUACCACCCAUGGCAACAGGCCGCUUUGCCCUCCCCAACAUUGAUCCUAGCCCCCAGGGAUAUAGUGCUUGCUUCAACGACACAACACAGUCAUCAGCUUGGUCAUGCGAUAUCAUCUAUCCCCUCUGGUCAAUUGAGGUUUUGCAAGAUUCAGACCCCAAGAAUGAAACCGGAAUCUCAUACAAUUUGACACUCAGGGCCGUUGACGAUGACAAAUACCCAUUCCCGUGGGGCGCCCAACCACCAAACAUCAAGACGGUUGCUAUGAAGUUGGUCAACGAUACAACUGAUGUCGCACGCGGUCCUGCUUGGUGGCUAAGGACAACCUAUAACAAAACCGUCAUCGUAUCAGAUAAGAAGCUUGGCGAUUUAGAGAAGCGAGGCUGGGAUGAAGAUGGUGGCGACUACGAAGAUUACAACUCAUUUCACCGAUUCAAGAACAAGCCAAUGAAUGCCAAGGUGGGCGAGCAACCUUGGAUCUGUACCUGGCCAAACACCGUUAUCGAAUUUUUCAUUUAUCCCAAUGAAACCGCGACAGGAUACCACCCAACCCCGACGACAAAAGAUGAUGCUGCCACUUCAACAGAGAACAGUUAUGCGACUGCGUCAACCGCUUGGGAUGCUUGGAAACUCCCUGUCUAUCCUCAUGUUUACAAGAUGAUGGAGCGCCGAUUUCUUUGGGACGAAGAUUCGGUAGCCACAUGUACUAAAGUCGAAGUGAUCGGUGACGGAACGAACUCAACGGAACUCAUGAAAAAUGGCACAAAAAUCACGUUGACCAUCCAGGAAGAUGAGGACGAGAACUUUAUUAAAGGGCUGGACCUCGAAUGGACAGGCAAGGGCAAGCGAUCCAUUCCACAACUAAUGAGACGGACAAGUCCAGCACUUACCGACUGCGCUUGUAUAUGGAAAUCUCAAUAG